AUGAAGACGGACCAGACGCGCAGACGCUGCGGCCUCUUUGGUGGCUGUUUGAGAGAGCUGGAGCCACUGUCACACGAAGUCAAGCCCCCGCUACGCAUCGUCAAGUGCAUCGUCGCAUGUCCGUGUCUAAUCGCGUUUGUCGUCUUUGCCACGGCGCUCGCGGUCUCGGUUGAGCUCGAGUACCUCUGCAACCUGCCAUCCUCUUGUGAGGACGCCGCUUACGGACCGGUCCGACAACGACGCUCGCUCAACGAUGCCGUCGAUUCAGUCCCUUCCAACCGCGUCGCGGGCGGGCGUUUUGCGUAUCGCGGUGGCCGCGCGCUGGAGCGCGUGAUGGUGUCGUUGGCCAAGGACUCUGCCCUACCGCCAGGCUGGAUGGCGGGCUCAGCGCGGACGCAGAGGCAGGUGCGACAAUCGGAGGACAUGGCAUCUGCCCUCUUUUCAAUUCGUGCGGAGGACGAUGCUGGUGACGCGUUCUCGCGAGAUGGGCUUGCCGAGCUCUGCGGCCUGCACCAGGCGCUCCUCGGUGCGACGGACUAUGACAGCUACUGCAAGCGCGAGCUUGUGCAAGACCAGUCCGGCGACGAUAUCCCGGGCGAGUGCCAGCGCCCGAUGACGCCACUGCCCUUCUUCUUCGGCCCCUUGUCCUACGACCCAUCAAUAGUUGACCUCGCCGCCUUUGACGUCCCGACCUUCGACCUCCUCAUGGUCUGGAUGCUGUUGCCAGAGAACCUCGGCGACCGGGAGGACCCAAUCCAACCAGACUGCGCCGAGACCCCAUCCCAGUUUGGGUGCACGGUCGAGGAAUGCCAGCUUGUUCUCGCCACCCGUGAUCAGCUGUUUGGCAAGAUGUUCCCACAGUGGAUCGCUGGUCGCACCAACUGCAGUGCCAGCAGGCGGAAGGAUCCGCUGCAGGUCAAGCAGUUGGUCGCCAAAAUCCGCGAAAGGCCGUCGCUUGAUUUCCUUGCCUCGUACACGAACGCCUUUUUCGACAAGGACUUCACCUUCUCGACGCUCCGCUCGCGGUACACCCGCGCCUACUAUCACUAUGGCGCGCCGCUCUGCCCGCCCGACCUCCCACCGGGCAAUUGCUACGACGCCUACGUCGGAGAGACCGAGACUGCGGCGCAGCAGCGCCUCUUUGCCGACUGGUGGGACCAGGAGAAGAUGCGAGAUGCUUACGACCCGAAGAAGAGCGAGCUACUCGCCGUCGCCAUCAACGACGGCAUCCUCGCGGUGGUCCCAGUCAUCAUAGUCUUCUUCAUCGUGUGGCUACAUACUGGCUCGCUGCUGCUCGCCUCUGCCACCCUGGGCGAGCAGUUCCUCUCGCUACUCGUGGCGCUGGCUGUCGAUGCGGCGGUCCUCCAGAUCAAGUGGAUCCCGUUUCAGCACAUCCUCUCGCUCUACAUCGUGCUCGCCAUCGGGGCCGACGACGUCUUUGUCUUUGUAGACGCGUGGAAGCAGAGUUUCUAUGCCGGCCCAGACGUGAACCGCGACCUGGCGACACGCAUGUCGUGGGUCUACCGCCGCGCAGGGCUCGCCAUGCUCAUAACCUCGCUCACCACGUGUGCGAGUUUCAUCGCUACCGCCAUCGCCUCCGGCCAAAUACCGGACCUACAGAACUUCGGCAUCUUCACCGCUCUCGUGAUCUUCAUCGACUACACACUCGUCAUGACGUGGUUCACGGCCAUCGUGGUUGUCUGGCACAAUAAUUUUGAGAUGAAGCCUAAGGCACCAGCGUGA